GUCGAAAGAACCCGAUGGGCCUGCUGGUUGCCAUGGACGACUCGUCUGCAGCAUCCGGGACAUUGUUCUGGGACGACGGAGAGGAUGUCGAUUCAAUUGAACGGAACGAUUACCUGUUCGUGAACUUCACUGCGUCCUCGACUGAGUUGGUCUGCAAUGUUGAUGCUAUACCACUGGGCGGGCCGACCACCGGUCACUGGGCAGCACUCCGGUAUGGCACCGUGUCAGUGUACGGGCUCGCCCUUGGCACAGGGACGCCUACGGUCCGAGCAGGUCGCGUCAACGGCCCGCUGCAGACAGUCUCCGCCAGCAGAGUGCAGUACGAUAGAGAUAACCAGGUACUCCGCCUAACAGACCUACAGGCCAUGGACCUCCCCAUUACAGAGAGCUUGCGGUUCUCAUGGACUUGAAGUGGAAACAACCUAAACCACAAUUUACAUGUUGGUAUUCGGUCUAGCUAAGUUUAAAGUAGGAGUGGUCACCUAUAUCUCAUAGUCAUAUGCACAAUGUUUCUGCUUCACCGUUACCGCAUAGACGUCUCAAACAUUAUACAUUUCAGAG